UGUUUAUUUUUAAUGUAGUUGUGCCCUUGUAAAAUUUCUUACCGCUUAUUAUUGUUUAUAGGGAGAUGUUACCGUUUGUGUCUAUAAUAAGUUUAAAUUUCAUUAUUCAUCUCUAUUUGGUGAAUUCGGCAAAAUAUACAGUUUCGCCACUGCGGAGUGUACUUGAAACUUUGAUGGAAGUAUAUUAUGUACCUUAUGAUGAAGUGGAAUUAUUUGAAAACUACACGAAAACGAGAAACAGAAGAGCAUCGAAUAGUGCAGCUCCAGUUCUUAAAAAUGUUGAACAUGAAUUUGAAGAAGAGUAUAAGGAUAUCGGACAUUCAGUUGUAAUGAAAUGUGUACCUACAGGUACACCAACCCCGAACAUUACCUGGUACAAAGAUAAUAUGACGCCAGUGAAAAGGACCGACCGUGGUAGAGUACUACCAGUAACUUAUGACGUGUGGAGUAUAAUACUUAAUGAUUUAGUGACCGAGGAUAGUGGGAAUUACACGUGUCGUAUCUGUAAUCCAUUGGGCUGCACAGAGCAUGUUCGUCGGUUAAUAAUUACCGGCUACCCUAAACUAUUCCCGUCCAUCAGAAAAGGAUAUCCUGGAAACACGCGAGUCUUAAUCAGUGACUCCGUUGUGCUGUCUUGCCCGACUGUGAACCUUACGGACUAUUCUGUCAAAUGGGAAAAGGUGAUUUCUGGAUUCGGACGUAAUGCAACACAAGAGUUGUUAACUCAGGAAGAUAAAUACACUGUUUCCGAUAAUACAUUGACAAUACGCAAUGCUACGGAGAUGGAUGAAGGCUGGUACUUAUGCACCACCAAUAACUCUAUUGGCACGGACCAGGCUACAGGCUAUCUAACAGUGGGCGUUUUGGGCAGACCCUCGAAUGAGGGUCAUUCCGAUGCCGACAUGAUAUCAUUUGUGUCGGAAGUAGAGAUAAUGAAAAUGAUCGGAAAGCACGAGAACAUCAUCAACUUGCUGGGAUGCUGCACCAAAAGUGGUCCGCUUUAUGCUGUAGUUGAAUACGUUGCCAACGGAUGCUUGCGCGACUACCUCAAGAAACAUAAACCUAAUACAGUUAAUGAUCCAAGCGGAGACCAAAUGCCUCUGAAGCAUCAUGAGUUAGUGCAGUUUACUCUGCAGGUGGCCAGAGGAAUGGAUUACCUGGCAUCACGUGGCUGCAUCCACCGCGACCUGGCAGCGCGCAACGUGCUGGUGUCGGGCUCGCGCGUGCUGAAGGUGGCAGACUUCGGGCUGGCGCGCGACGUACGCGACUCCGACUACUACCGCAAGCGCACGGCCGGCAAGCUGCCUGUGAGGUGGAUGGCGCCCGAGUCGCUCUGCCACAACUACUACAACACGAAGUCUGAUGUAUGGUCCUUUGGCGUGCUCACUUGGGAAAUAAUGACAUACGGGGAAACUCCAUAUGCAAAAAUCCCCAUGCACUUUCUGUACAAUUAUUUGAGACAGGGCAAGCGAAUGCAACGGCCAGACAACUGCAGCGAGAACAUGUACCAGUUGAUACAGCAUUGCUGCUCCUUCAACCCAGAUGACCGGCCGUCAUUCACCGAGCUUAAGGAGAAGUUGGAAGUGAUGGUCGCCAGUAUAGAACACUUAUAAAGCAAUCGUAUUGAUAUUGGAAAAAGA